UCUUCGACGAGCACAUAUCUCGCGAUAUCUGGUUCAUUUCACCUUCAACAUCACCCAGACUCUCACCCGAGAGAAGGACUCCACAUAGAUAUAUGGACUCCACAAUGGAUAGCGGUAAUAUCUAUAACUUUGAAGAGGGCAGCGAUCUUGUUGGAGCUGGUUCCAUGAGUCACGUUCAAGGUCACGACCAAAAAUUCCGAAGGUCGGAUACGAGACGGUCAGCUACGAAAAAGUCGACGACGAAUAGUGGAGUGAGCGUGGUCAGCAAUGUGCAGCCUUCCGCAAACAAGGACGUUCGUCUGUUGCCAAACAGAGAAACGACGAGCAUGGGGGUACCUGCUCAACCGUUUGUCGCUGAUCCGGGAAUUCGCUCCCCGCGGUGGGCGAGAAAUUUUCAAUCCUUAUUAGGGGAUCCGACUGGCUUGGAGUUGUUCAAAAGGUACCUAAGUCAGGAAGGGCAUCUGGAUCCGCUCAAUUUCUGGUUCGCCUGCGAGGGCCUCAAAAAACAAAAGGACAUGGACAAGAUCUCGAGAUUGGUGAAGAUCAUCUAUCGACAGUUUUUCCUCAAGUCGCCGCUAAGCGUACCGGAGGAUAUAAUGAAGGAGGUGGAUCGGCGGGUCAAGGAGGGCCGCACCGAUCACAAGGUGUUUGACAUCGCGCAGCUGGAGGUCGAGCAGCUGAUCAACAAGACGAUGUAUCCGAAGUUCCUUCAAUCCGACGUGUACGUGCAGUACGUUCAGACCCGCCAGAAUGCCGAUUCCAGCGGUUGCCCGAGCUCGAGUUCGGGUAGUCGCAAGAUGUCCAUCUCCUGCGGACCAAGUCUGCUGCCCACCGUGCACGAAGACAGCAAGUACAUCGGCAAAGGGUAAUGCUCUUUUUUUCGAUAGUUUGUUCAUAUGCAGGAGAUGCAAAUUUUUUAUUUCAUUUUUUUCGUUUCCAUAUAACAUCAUAUUUUUAUUUGUCUUUUAUUUAGUUGUUUUUGUUUUUUGUAUUGUUGCAAUUUGUCUCUAGGGCAAUUAAAAAGUCGAUUAUAAAUCGCGAAUCCAUGUCGCACUAUGUGGUCCCACGAACCCAGCGUACGGUACCCCCAAAACAGAUGUCGACGAAUUGAGUAAUUGAGAUUUUUAUAACUGAAAGAGUUAAAGUACAUCAUUUUCGACGAAUGAGAAAGAGUUCAAAAGAACAAAACUGAUCAUAAAUCAGUAGAUACAAUUUUCACGGGAUUCUAUCGUUUCGUCUCUCGAUCUGUAAGAAAAAGAUAUUGUAUAAAGUUUUAUCAAUAGUAUUAUCAAUAUAUUGAUAUUAU